AUGGACGAUUACGACGAGUUUGGUAAUUAUAUCGGGCCGUUGUCAGAGUCGGAGGAUGAGCAGGAGGCAUUGGGUGUGGAACAUGCUGAGCCUCCGCCUGAGCCUCCCGCCGAGGACGCGAGCGGCGCCCAGGAGGAAGGCGCAGUGAUCAUGCAUGUCGAUGAGCCCGCGUCCCAAGCGGUCGUGCUCCAUGAAGACAAGGUAUACUACCCCUCUGCUUCCGAGGUGUACGGUGACGACGUCGAGACGCUCGUGCAGGAGGAAGACGCCCAGCCCCUGACGCAGCCGAUCGUCGAGCCUGAGCGAGUGCGUAGCUUUGCCGUGGAAGAGCAGGGGCUGCCGGAAGUCCGCUUCGACCGGCAGUUUAUGCUGAACAUGAUGCACUUUCCCGAUAUGAUACGGCAUGUGGCCGUUGUUGGCCAUCUGGCGCACGGCAAAACCGCGCUCGUGGACAUGCUGGUGGAAGAGACGCACCGCGUCCAAGUGGACGCCGAAAAGCCGCUGCGGUACACUGACACGCAUGUGCUGGAGCAAGAACGCGGACUGUCGAUUCGUGCGAUGCCCAUGUCGUUCGUCUUGCCCACGACACGCGGCAAGAGCUACCUUGUGCACGUGCUGGACACGCCGGGCCAUACGAAUUUCCAGGACGAAGUGGCUGCGUCGCUGCGCCUGGCAGACGGUGUCGUGCUGGUCGUCGAUGUCGUCGAAGGUGUGAUGUGCAAUACGGAGACUAUCAUCCGGUACUGCGUGCGUGAAGGCCUGCCGAUCGUGCUGGUCCUCAACAAGAUCGACCGACUCGUCCUCGAGUUGCGUCUGCCGCCCACCGAUGCCUUUUUCAAGAUACAGCUUACGCUCGAGGAGGUGAAUCGCGUCGUUGGCGAGGCGAGCGGCGGCGAUCCCGAGCGUCGUCUCAGCCCCGAGCGCGGGAAUGUCGCGUUCGCGAGCACCCAGGCCGGCUACUGCUUCACCCUGCGCAGCUUCGCUCAGAUGUAUGCGGAGCGCGCACCGAUCGAUGUGGACGCCUUUGCGCAGCGCCUAUGGGGCCACAUCUACUUUGACCGCGCAUCGCGCACCUUUACGAGGCGCGCGCCGCAUCCUGACGCGCCGCGGUCGUUUGUGCAGUUUGUGCUCGAGCCGCUGUACAAGCUGUACACGCUCGUGCUCAGUGCCGACGUCGACGUGCUGCGACGCACACUUGCGUCCCUGCGCAUCCAGUUGCCGGCGGCCGCGUUCAAAAUGGACGUGCGCCCGCUCCUCAAGCUCGUGCUGAAUGCGUUCCUGGGAUCGUCGACGGGCCUGGUCGAUAUGUGCGUUGAGCAUCUGCCUAGUGCGGCCGAGGCCUCCAAGGCCGCCACCACGACGGCGCCUCCCGACAGUGUGCUGGCGCGCGCGAUCGAGCGCUGUGACGCCCAGGGGCCUCUGUUGAUCCAAAUCGCCAAAGUGUACCCGACAAGCGAUGCGACCGAGUUUCGCGCGUUUGGGCGUGUGCUGAGUGGCACCGUGUCGUGUGGUCAGUCGGUCAAGGUGCUGGGGCCCACGUACACGCCCGAAGACGAGGAGGACAUGGCCGUCGAGACAGUGAGUGGCGUGUACGUUGCCGAGGCGCGAUACGCAGUCCAUGCACCGGGAGUGCCGGCCGGCAACUGGGUGCUGCUGAGCGGCAUUGAUGCGACGAUCGCCAAGAGCGCGACGGUGUGUGAUACGGCGCUGCCUGUGGCGGACACGUACGUGCUGCGACCCAUUGUGCACAUGACAGAAAGCGUGCUCAAGGUGGCCAUUGAGCCCCUGCGCCCCGCGGAGCUGCCCAAGAUGCUCGACGGACUGCGCAAGGUGAACAAGUGCUACCCGCUCGUAUCGACGCGCGUCGAAGAAAGUGGUGAGCAUACGCUGCUGGGAACGGGCGAGCUGUACCUCGACUGUGUGAUGCACGAUCUGCGCGAGCUGUACGCUGAGAUGGAGAUCAAGAUCAGCGAUCCGGUCGUCAAGUUCUGUGAGACGGUCGUCGAGACGAGCGCCGUGCAGUGCUUUGCGGACACGCCGAACAAGCACAACCGACUCACCCUCAUCGCCGAGCCGCUGGAGGACGGCAUUGCCGAGGACCUCGAGCGCGGCCUCAUUGAUAUUCACCUGCCGCCGCGUGCGCUCGCUCGGAUUUUCCAGGAGCGCUACGGCUGGGACGCCCUGGCCGCCCGCUCGGUGUGGGCGUUUGGACCUGAUGACCACGGGCCGAACGUGCUUGUGGACGACACGCUGCCGGACGACGUCGACAAGGUGCAGCUGUACACGGUGCGCGAGUACAUUAAGCAGGGCUUCCAGUGGGCGACGCGCGAGGGCCCCUUGUGUGACGAGCCGAUGCGGGGCGUUAAGAUCCGCCUGUGCCAUGCGCGCAUAGCCACCGAGCCCAUUCACCGCGGGGGCGGGCAGCUGAUUCCCACGGCUCGGCGCGCGACGUACGCGGCGUUCCUCCUGGCGACGCCGCGGCUCAUGGAGCCCGUGUACGCCGCCGAGAUCCAGACGCCGCCGGAGUGUGUCGGCACGAUUUACACGCUCCUCGCACGGCGCCGCGGACAUGUCACGAGCGACGCGCCCAAGGCUGGCACGCCGCUCAGCACGAUGCACGCGUUACUGCCCGUGAUCGAUGCGAACGGCUUCGAGACCGAUCUGCGCGUCGCGACGCAGGGCCAGGCGUUCGUGCUGCAGAUGUUCCACCACUGGGCCGUGGUGCCGGGCGACCCGAGCGACACGACCAUCCCCCUGCGCCCGCUGGAGCCGGCGCCGCCGCUGGGCCUCGCGCGCGACUUUGUGCUCAAGAUGCGCCGCCGCAAGGGCCUGGGCGAUACGGUGGCCGUGUCGACGUACCUCGAGCACGAGAUGGCCGUGGCUCUGGCGCAGGCCGGUAUGGACAUAGCCUAG